AUGUCAUCACAAACUUCUACCUCUAGCAAGCUGGACGACAAACGUUUGUAUAUUGGAAAUUUAGAUUCUUCUAUCGAUGAAUAUACUGUUGUAAAGUUAUUUGAACCUUUUGGAAAAAUAACUCAUCUUGACUAUCUCUUUCAUAAGAGUGGACCAAAACGCGGUCAGCCAAGGGGUUAUUGCUUCUUGGAAUAUAGUAAAAAAGAGGAAGCCUUGAGAGCCAUGACAGCUAUGCAUUCAAAAUUGAUCAAGAAUCGAUCCAUGAUAGUGACUUUUGCAUAUGCAGCACCUGAGAAUUACGACAGCAGGCAAUUCAAAAAAAGACCUUCAUCAGUUACUAAUAGACCAACGACGAUUUCUUUGUUAAAAGCACAUAAAAUGGUUAAUGCUAGUACGGAUUCAAAGAUACAAGCUUUGGAAAGAAAAUUGGCCCAAAUGAAACAAAAAGAAACGUCAUCAGAUUCUCCUUCAAUAAAAUCUUCUUCACAACCUUCAUCCCCACGACCGUCUACUUCGUUACCAACAGAAAGAUUGAAAAUAGAGAGAAAUUCAUCUGCGCCUACAUCGCCGUCAACUUUGGGCGGAAGGAGGAGAUUUACCCCUUAUAAUUUUCCGAAGAGUGAAAAAUAG